UAAGUUUCAAUUUUCUUCCAAUGAUUUCAUGAUAUUUUGCGAACAUCCACUGAAGCUCGGUCCAUUCUUCUUUCGACGCAGCUGGCAGUGUGCGCAUGCGCAGUGGCUGUCACGACUCGAGCGCUGCUGCGGCUUUUUUCCAGGUGAGAAAACAUGGCGAUGAAGGCGCUCAGAGGGAUGGUGAACGGAGCCAUGAGCGAGCUGUCCUCGGCCGUGAGCGGAAACAAGCCGACUGCGAACGCUCCGACCUCCGCCAGGAACACCGCCGCCUUCCGGGAACACAGCAUGGCCGUGAGCCGGGAUUACAUCUCCCAGCCGCGCCUGACCUAUAAAACAGUAUCUGGAGUCAAUGGUCCGCUGGUGAUUUUGGAUCAGGUGAAGUUUCCAAAGUAUGCCGAGAUCGUCCAUCUCACCCUGCCUGAUGGUACCAAGAGGAGCGGACAGGUGCUGGAGGUCUCUGGUUCCAAAGCCGUGGUGCAGGUGUUUGAAGGAACUUCUGGUAUCGAUGCCAAGAAGACCAGCUGUGAGUUUACAGGAGACAUCUUACGAACACCUGUCUCCGAGGACAUGUUGGGUCGUGUGUUUAAUGGAUCUGGUAAACCUAUUGACAGAGGGCCAGCAGUCCUGGCUGAAGACUUCCUGGACAUUAUGGGCCAGCCCAUUAACCCACAGUGCCGUAUUUACCCUGAGGAGAUGAUUCAGACUGGCAUAUCUGCCAUUGAUGGCAUGAAUAGCAUCGCUAGGGGGCAGAAAAUACCCAUCUUUUCUGCUGCUGGACUGCCACACAACGAGAUCGCGGCUCAGAUCUGUCGGCAGGCAGGUUUGGUGAAGAAGUCCAAAGAUGUGAUGGACUACAGCGAGGACAACUUUGCUAUAGUUUUUGCAGCCAUGGGGGUUAACAUGGAGACAGCCAGGUUCUUUAAGUCAGACUUUGAGGAGAACGGAUCAAUGGACAAUGUUUGUCUGUUUCUUAACCUGGCCAACGACCCCACCAUUGAGCGAAUAAUUACGCCUCGACUGGCUCUGACUUCAGCUGAGUACCUGGCCUAUCAGUGUGAGAAGCACGUCCUCGUCAUCCUCACAGAUAUGAGCUCCUAUGCAGAGGCUCUUCGAGAGGUAUCUGCAGCCAGAGAGGAGGUGCCAGGCCGCCGAGGUUUCCCUGGCUACAUGUAUACAGACCUGGCCACGAUCUACGAGAGAGCUGGCAGAGUAGAGGGUCGCUGUGGCUCCAUCACCCAGAUCCCCAUCCUCACCAUGCCUAAUGACGACAUCACUCAUCCUAUUCCUGACCUGACUGGUUACAUCACCGAGGGGCAGAUUUAUGUGGACAGACAGCUUCAUAACAGACAGAUUUAUCCACCCAUCAAUGUGCUGCCAUCUCUCUCUCGACUGAUGAAAUCUGCCAUUGGGGAGGGAAUGACUCGCAGAGACCACUCUGAUGUUUCAAACCAGCUUUAUGCAUGUUAUGCCAUAGGAAAGGAUGUUCAGGCCAUGAAGGCAGUGGUGGGAGAAGAGGCUCUUACUGCUGAUGACCUGCUCUAUCUGGAGUUCCUCACCAAGUUUGAGAAGAACUUCAUCUCCCAAGGUGCCUACGAGAACAGGACUGUGUUCGAGACGCUGGACAUUGGAUGGCAGCUCAUGAGGAUCUUUCCCAAAGAGAUGCUGAAGAGGAUCCCUCAGAGCACCUUGGCUGAGUUUUACCCCCGAGAAGCCAAACAUUAGCCCAAACACACACGCUACUUCCACUCAUUUCAGUGAGACCUUGCGUACAUACAGUGUAGGUGUUGUGACGCUGUAAAUUUCCAGACACUCGUGGCUUUCGUGUGGCCUUUACAGCAAACAUUCACUGCAUAGACCAAAGGCAGAAGAGACAGAAAUGCACUCAUGAGUUGGUGUUUGUUUAUGGAGGAAAAUGAUGGAGGAAAACAAUUUUGUUAAAUCAAAUAUCUGUGAAGAUGAUGAUAAUGAAAACAUUAUGCCUUUAUUUUGAAAAUCAUAAAACACCCAGGUUAGAGUUCAACUGAAUCUCUGGUUUCCACAAACAAAAUAAGUUGAUAUAAAGCUGGGCAGAGGAAGAGGAUGUUUGUUAAAGAAUUAAAAGCAACAUCAUAACCUAUUAAGACAUUAGUGGGACUUAUAUGUCAUUUAUUUGUCCUUGCAUGAAGUAUUUGCUGUGGUCAGUGUUUUCUUCGUGUGCACUUCGUUGUUGCAUUUAAAAGUGGAACCCAUGGUCAAAUGAAAAAUGGAAACAUCUGAAACAGUCACCACUACAAAGUGUUGAGUUUAGCCAUUGAGAGUUUAACAAAUAUUCUAACGCAGUGGAAGUUUUAUUUUAGAUAAUAAAACAUUCAUUUUCCACACUUAACAUUAUUCCACACUUCUAUUCUUAGUCCUGCAGUCUGUUAAAAAUCCCAGCAUUACAAGUGGUUUGUCUGCCCGAUGUGGGCCAAUUCUGGCAAUGAUGGCAUUGUUUUUAAGAUGUAAUGCCACAACUGGCCUAGUUGUAGUUUGGUUUAUGUGGUGCUGGCCCAUACAUGGACCACCUGUAGCAAACUAUAUUUAUAUUUUCAGAUCUUCCAAGGUGCCAAUUAUGGAACUCUCUGUGCAUUGUUGCCCAAAUCAAAUUCUGG